ACUUCCAAACUUCAAUAAAAAGUCUAGCAAAGAGUACUCACACAGACAAGGACCCAUGCUCGUGGAGCAGCCAACUGCCAUGAUUUACCAGUUCAAAGCUGCCUACUGUUACACCACGUGAUGGUUCCGAUGACCCAUCGAUUGUCAAGCCAAGUCAACGAAGACUCCGAAAACCAAGAGAUGCAUAAGUUUGCCAUCAGAUGUAAGAACUGAGAGCCAAAUCAAACGAACCAUGGCACCUCUCCUCCUCUUGUCCUUGCUCCUGCUGCUGUCCUCUACUUCCCUUCAAGCUCAACAGAACAUAACCUUAGGCUCCUCCUUGACACCUGAAGGGCCUAGCAGCUUUUGGCUCUCGCCGUCUGGCGACUUCGCGUUCGGCUUCCGGCCCAUCGAGGGUAACACCUCCUCCUAUCUGCUUGCUGUCUGGUUCGACAAGACCAGUGAUAAGACGGUGGUUUGGUAUGCCAAGACCAAUGAUCCAGAUCCAGCGCUGGUACAUGUUUCAUCCGGUUCCCAGCUCCUGCUCAACUCAAAUGGGGCGCUCUCGCUCCAGGAUCCCACUGGAACAGAGGUAUGGAAUCCGAGAGUUGUGGGUGCAGUAUACGCUGCCAUGCUCAAUACCGGAAACUUCGUACUGGCUGCUGCAGAUGGCUCUACCAAGUGGGGGACCUUCAAUAACCCAGCAGAUACCAUCCUGCCUACUCAGGUGCUCACUCCAGGAAUGAAGCUCCGCAGCCGAAUCAUCCCCACAGACUACUCCAAUGGCCGGUUCCUCCUUGACCUGCAAAGUAUUGGUGUUUUUCUUUAUACCGUUGCUGUACCCUCCGGUAAGAUGUAUGACUACUACUGGUCCAUGGCUGGGAACACCACAAAGCUGGUGUUCAAUGCGACUGGCAUGGUAUACAUCACCUUGGAUAACGGAACACAGAUCAGUGUGACAUCUGGGGUCACCGGUUCCAUGUUAGACUACUAUCAUCGUGCUACAUUUGACCCAGAUGGUGUGUUCAGGCAAUAUCGGUGCCCGAAGAAGUUCAGCAACCUGAGUAGUCAAGCAUGGUCCGUAGUGGACUUCAAGCCCCCAAAUAUCUGUGACUCACAACUGACAAAUGAUGGAAGCGGCAUUUGUGGGUUUAACAGUUACUGCACGUUCAAUGGCACAAACAACCAGAGUAUUUGCCUGUGCCCAGAGCAGUACUCGUUUAUUGAUGAGGAGAGGAAGUAUAAAGGCUGCAAACCUGACUUCCAGCCACAAAGUUGUGACUUGGAUGAAGCAGCUGCCAUUAUGCAGUUUAAGAUGAUACCUAUGAACAAUGUGGAUUGGCCUCUAGCUGACCAUGAGGAGUACAGCCCCAUAACUAAGGAUAAGUGCCAGCAACUCUGUCUGGCAGAUUGUUUUUGUCCCGUUGCUGUCUUCCAUGACAAAAGUAAUACAUGUUGGAAGAAGAAGAUGCCUUUGUCAAAUGGCAAGAUGGGAGAUAAUGUGGAGAGGACACUUUUCAUCAAGGUACUAAGAAACACUUCUAAUCUCAAGCCGCAGCUUAGCCCCUCUCCUUCUGCAACUACAGCAAACAAAACGAAGGGAAUUUUGGGCGCUGUAAUUAGCGGUAUUACAGGUAUUGUAUUUGUUCUAAUUGUUGUCACUCUUUAUGUGCGAAGGAGGAAGUAUCAAGAUAUAGCUGAAGAAUUUGAUGUUGAUCAAUUGUCGGGCAUGCCAAUGAGGUUUUCUUAUGAAAAGUUGAGAGAAUGCACCAGAGACUUCAGUCAAAAGAUCGGGGAAGGUGGAUUUGGUUCAGUUUUUGAAGGGAAAUUGAAUGAAGACAGAGUCGCAGUGAAAUGCUUGGAAAGUGCUAGACAAGGGAAGAAAGAAUUCUUGGCAGAGGUGGAGACGAUUGGUAGCAUUGAGCACAUCAAUCUUGUUAGACUGUUAGGAUUCUGUGUAGAGAAAGCACAUAGAAUUCUAGUAUAUGAAUAUAUGCCUAGAAGUUCCCUUGAUCAGUGGAUCUAUUACCGCCACAAUAAUGCCCCUCUUGAUUGGGGCACCAGGUGUAGGAUCAUUCUGGAUAUUGCCAAGGGACUAUGUUAUCUUCACGAGGAGUGUCGACGGAAAAUUGCUCAUUUGGACGUCAAACCACAAAAUAUUUUGUUAGACGAGAACUUCAAUGCUAAAUUGGCAGAUUUUGGAUUAUCCAAGCUCAUUGACAGGGAUCAAAGCCAAGUAGUGACUGUGAUGAGAGGCACACCUGGGUAUAUGGCACCUGAAUGGUUAACGUCGCAGAUCACUGAAAAAGUUGAUAUCUACAGCUUUGGAGUUGUUGUCAUGGAAGUAAUAUGUGGAAGAAAAAACAUCGACAAUUCUGAGCCUGAGGAAAGCAUCUAUCUGAUCAAUUUGUUACGAGAAAAGGCUCAAAAGAACCUGCUGAUUGAUAUGAUUGACAAGCAAUGUGAUGAUAUGGUCCUGCACAAGGAUGAAGUUAUUCAGAUGAUGAGGCUUGGAAUGUGGUGCUUACAAAAUGAUAGCAGCCGAAGGCCAUCAAUGUCAACGGUAGUUAAGGUACUGGAAGGUACAAUGACUGUAGAAACUUGCAUGGAUUACAAUUUCUUCAGUGCAUAUCUAGUACUGUCUGUUCAAGGUAAUCAAUCAGCAUAUUCAGCUCCACCGCCAGCAUCAGUCUAAUCUGUUCCAAGAUGAAAUGCGUCGGUAAUGAGCUGAAGGAACAUCCAUAUUGUACACUUUGGCUAUAUAACUGGUUUGUACUUUAUCUGAUUUGUAAUUUGGAAGUACGUUUGAUUUGGCAUCAUCAGAAGAAUAAUUUUCAAGCAAA